UCAUACAAUGUCUACUGUUCACACUAUUUAUCCCCGUAACAACCAAUGGUCAGUUAAUGUCCAGUGUGAUAUGACCACCAAGGGUGGAGGAUGGACGGUUAUACAGAGGCGUGUUGACGGAUCAACAAAUUUUGACAGAACUUGGAAGGAGUACAGAGAGGGAUUUGGUUCAGUUAAUUCAUCUUAUUGGUUGGGAAAUGACGUCAUUCAUCUCUUAACCAAACACAAGCCGUCUCUGUACGUGUCCAUAACUCUGACCAAUGGAACUACUCUAUAUGAACAGUACGACUAGUUCUCCAUAACCAACGAGGCAGACAGAUACAGACUUUACCUGAAUGGACCGACCACAGGGACACUAGGUGACAGUAUGUUAAAUACGGGGUGGUAUAACCAAGAUCUGUCUGGGAUGUAAUUUUCCACCUCAGACAGGGAUAACGAAAGAUGUAAUGGAUGUAACUGUGCUGUUAGAUACGGAGGAGGAGGAGGCUGGUGGUAUAACGACUGUUACCACGCCAACCUCAACGGUCCUU